CCAACACUCACUUGGGGUUAUACGCUGUGAAGCGUUGCACACGAAACAUAGAACAGUGAAUUGAGGAGGAAAUACCUCGGGUACACACUGUUUUUGGCCGAAAUUAACGGUAGAAGGUUUUUUUUACUGCGUUACCUGCGCGUAACAGUGUGUCUCUCUCGCCUCUUGUAUUUGUUGUUACCAGAAAGGCGUUUCGAGUUUGGAUGCAAAGGUCUCAUACAAGUACUGCUGCAGAGAAUGGCACGGACAGUCUUUAAACUUUGAAGCCCCGAGCUGAUCUGGUUGUGAAGGGGAAGCGGGAGCACCAUAGAAGAAGAAGGCGAAGGAUCCUCCACAGCGCGAGUGAGGGAGACAGGAGGAGGAGGAGAAGAGGAGGCGGAGGAGGAGGAGGAGGUGUAGCAGUAGGGUUGGAGCGAUGGAGACCACUUCCACCGAGCAGGCGGCCACCGUAGAGGACCUGGUGGAGUCCUGCAUCCAAGCCUUUGAUGAGAAGGGCGCGCUGAAGGACUCGUCGGUCGUGCGUAUGUUUCUGAUGAUGCACCCCUGGUACCUGCCCUCCACCGACAUGGCCAAGAGGCUUGUGCUCAAGUCCCAGGAGGAGAGCUGCACCGCUGAGCUGAGGACCAGGAUCUGUCACCUGGUCAAAUACUGGAUCUCAGAGUUCCCGGCAGAGUUCAACCUGAACCCGGAGCUGGCGGAGCAGAUCAAAGACCUCAAAGAUCAACUGGUCACCGAGGGCAACGAGAGCCAGAGUCAGCUCAUUGACAUCGACAGUGUGCCGUCCUACAAGUGGAAGCGGCAAGUGACGCAGCGCGUACCCUCCAUCUCCAAGAAGAGGAAGAUGUCCCUCCUCUUCGACCACCUGGACUCCUGCGAGCUUGCCGAGCACCUCACCUACCUGGAGUACAAGUCCUUCUGCAAGAUCCUGUUCCAGGACUACCACAGCUUCGUGAUGCACGGCUGCACGGUGGAUAACCCCGUGCUGGAGCGCUUCAUCACGCUCUUCAACAGCGUGUCCCAGUGGAUCCAGCUCAUGGUGCUCAGCAAGCCCACCGCCCCCCAGAGGGCCGCUGUCGUAUCGCACUUCAUCAGGGUGGCCCAGAAGCUGCUGCAGCUGCAGAACUUCAACACGCUGAUGGCGGUGGUGGGCGGGCUCAGCAACAGCUCCAUCUCCCGCCUCAAGGAGACGCAGGCGCACAUCAGCGCCGACACCAACAAGGUCUUCAACGAUCUGAUCGAGCUGGUGACCUCGUGCGGCAACUACAGCCAGUACCGUAGGCGCUUCGCCGACUGCACCGGCUUCCGCUUCCCCAUCCUGGGCGUGCACCUGAAGGACCUGAUCGCCGUGCACGUGGCCCUGUCCGACUGGGCCGACAAGGAGAAGAGCCGGGUCAACCUGGCCAAGACCCAGCAGCUCUACGCCAUCCUGCAGGAGCUGGCGCUGGUGCAGACCACGGCGCCCAGCAUCGACGCCAACACCGACCUGCUCAACCUGCUCACCGUAUCCCUGGACCAGUACCACACGGAGGAGGAGAUCUACCAGAUGUCCUUACAGAGAGAGCCCCGCAGCACCAAACCAGCGCCAAACUCCAGCGUCAGCGCCCCGCAGCCCGACCCCAAGCCCACCAUGAUCGACGAGUGGGCCGGGUCGGUGAAGCCCAGCGCGGACCCCACCGUGAUCCGGAAGCACAUCGAGCAGAUGGUGGAGUCCGUGUUCAAGAACUUUGACGCCGACGGCGACGGCCACAUCUCCCAGGAGGAGUUUGAGGCCAUCAGGAACAACUUUCCCUACCUCAGCAAGUUCGGAGAGCUGGACAAGAACCAGGAUGGCAAGAUCAGCCGGGAGGAGAUGAUCGACUACUUCAUGAAGGCCAGCUCUCUGCUCAACUGCAAGAUGGGCUUCAUCCACACCUUCACCGAGGCCACCUACGUCAAGCCCACCUUCUGCGAGAACUGCGCCGGAUUUAUAUGGGGCUUCUACAAACAAGGCUACAAGUGUAAAGCGUGCGGCAUCAACUGCCACAAGGCGUGCCGCGCCCGCCUGGCCGUGGAGUGCCGCAAGCGCACCAAGAGCAUCAGCCACGAGUCUCCCCCCCUCCUGGCGGCCCGCUCCUACAGCUUCCCCCCGCCGGCCAACACCCCGCCCAGCCUGCAGGACUCGGUGAUUGCAGAGGAGGACAUAGAAACAGUGGAAGAGGGUGUGUUUGACAUCCACCUAUAAGACGAUGGCUCCGUGUAGAACAGACCAAUCAGCGCUAUUCUGAGGAGCUGCCGUGUAUGUGUCUGAGAAGAUUGCAAUUGCGCUGAACACAAAAUGGAACGGCUACAUGCUGCCACCCAGUGGACGCACGCCGCUACUGCAACAACAACAAAACUAAAACCACUUCCUGCCACUAACUAAGAAUGUGAUGAGAAAUGUGAACUCAGAUCACAAUGUCCGGGUUUUUCUAUGUGAAACCCUGCAUUUUGAUUACAUGUGAAACCCAAAGUGUUAUGUAGAAAUAAAUCAGUGGAAUAUUCAUAUAAAUAUAUAUUCAAAAGAUAUCCACACAAUUGUAUUUUCUGUAUGAAGAUUUUACCAUUAGUCUAUUUUGUGGAUUAAUAUGCUUGACUGCCAAUGGGAAUGCCUGACUGUAUAAUACAUAGUUUCCUUUAAAAAGUAAAUAGGUGCUAUUGCCAAGAAUGUUAAAGAAAGCUUAUUUUAUUGUCUUUCUAUGAGAAACUUGGCUGUCUCAGCUUUUUAUCUCCGUUUGUAUUGUCUUCUUUCAAAGUCGAUUUACAGCGAACCAUUAUGAAGCGAUUUUGAUGUCAGAUAAAACGCACGCAAAAAAAGAAAAGAAAAACAAAGAAACACAACGCUGAAAACAUAAUUGCGAGGUAGCUCACUUUGACAACAACCACACAAGAGUGACAACGGUUCCCGUGGCUGUGGUUGACAGUUAUAAUUACAAUAGACUCCUUUAUUCUGUCAUGUUGUUAAUAUAAGAAUAUAAAACCAGAAUAUAAGUAUAAGUCUGUUUGUAGCGUAAUUGCCCUUGUGUUGUUGUCAGUAUAAAGUAUCCUACUGUUUAUAUUUUUUACAAGCCAAUGGAUAUACUCUAUCUCCAUGAAGUAUUAUGAAUGUAGCAGCAUCAACACACGUUACUUAUUCUGACUCAAAUCCUCAUGUUAGUGUUACUAUAUUGAGGUAGACGUAAUAUUCAGGACAUAUCAAGUGUUAAACGGGUUUCUUCCGCCCUCUACAGGACAUCAGUGGUGACAUGAAAAGAUUGCAUUGAGAAUAUUUAUUUUGAUGCGAUGCAAGCUCAAUCUUGGUAUGUAACCGUGUUGCUAUGCGUCUACAAAUCUGGACUUUAAAUCAAAAAAAAUGUUUCGUCUUAAACAAGAUAGAAAAAAAUAAGAUAAAUGAAUGAUAAGUGAGCAAUCUUUUUGUAUAUAAUGUGGCAUCCUGCUCGACGUGAAGACCAGUCCAUGUGAAUGAAGUGUUCAGGCUGAUGCAAAUGUUAUAUUGUGGUCUGUGUACAGUUCUCUUGAUAUGAAAAAAAUUACAGCUUGCUCCACUCAAAUGUGCUUGUAUGGUUAUACACGUCUUUGUGACAAUAACAUGUGUGUAAUAAUAACAAUGAUAUACAAAGUGAA